AUGCCAAGCACUACGGCAACUGGUGCUUUUGGACCUGCACCUCCAGGUGUUGACUUAAGUCAGAAUCAGGAUGGAAAACUACUCGGCGCUGUUGUGCCUGUUGCUGUCUGUGGUACCGUGGCGGUUGGCAUACGAUUAUUGGCACGGUCCAGAUCCAAAGAUGUCAAGCUUGCAGUGGAUGAUUACUUGAUUCUGGCCGCGCUGAUUUUGUUUGCGUAUGUGAUGAUUUAUGCAACCGCCGUAACAUGUACCAAAGGCUCUAUCAUCAUGUUUUAUGGCCGAAUCUUCAACUUCCGCUGGAUGCUAGGCAUCGGUCUGUUUUUGGUCAUUGGAUACUGGAUUACUAUUAUAGUGACCAUAUCCGUGGCUUGUCGGCCAUUGUCCUUCUUUUGGCUGGAAUACACGGAUCCGACAACUGCAAAAGGUGUUUGUAUUGACGUACCAACAUUCUUCUUCGGCAACGGGAUUGGUGCUAUGCUCAUUGACGUGAUCAUUCUUUGUAUGCCAAUUCCAAUUGUCUACGGAUUGCAGAUGCCACUUUCUCAGAAGAUAGCAGUGAUGGGUAUCUUACUUCUCGGCAGCUUCAUCUUACUGGACUGUGCAUUUCUAAUUGGUUGCGUGGUAAACAGUGUUUGUGCCGCCAGUAUUUGUCGGAUCCUCGCACUCCAGACCAACACUCACGGCGCAGAUGCUACAUGGACUAUGGCGCCAGUGUUUAUUUGGUCCUCUGUCGAGCCCUUUGUCGGUAUUAUAUGUGCUUGCCUUCCAACAUUCGGCCCUUUCUUCCGCCGUUGGUGGUCAUCAGUACGGACAGGUCGAUCAUCAAGCCCAGGCCCCAGCAGCAAUCCGAGCGCAAUUCGCCCUCCUGGUACCGCGACUUGGUUUCGAAAGUCACGAUCAAAUAAAAUACCGAAGGAUUCACUGUUCGAUAUCAAUGAAUUUGGUUGUGUGGAUGAAAUCCAGCUAAUGAAUGAUAUCAAUGCGUCACGGUCUGUCAGAGAGGACGCAGCAAGUGAUGAUCACGAUGUAGAACGUGGAGAUUCCGAGGGUAACAUCACGGUCAAACAGGACGUGGACGUCAGUUGGGGACAAUCUCAAAAGACAAGACGAUAA